GCACGAGUCAACAAGUUGAAACUCUCCCUCCAAAAAAGACCUCUUCCCUUUUUUCUUAUAUCUCCUUCAUCAUCACAUAUUACUAACCUCCUACCUUCCAAUUCUCUCUCUCGCUCUCAAAAAUCACCGAGACAUAAUUUUCCUUAGUUGAACGGGCGACGAUGCCACAAGUGGAUCUUGAAACUCUAGUCUCAGCCUGCGCCGGAGGCACCUGCGACAGCAAAAUCGCCUGUGAAACUCUCGCCGCCACCACCAGUAACACAAACAACUACCGCUCCCUACCGCCACCACCACCAGACUCGCCCGAUGUUGCCGAAGUACCACCAGAUUUCCCGCCAGAAUCCUUCUGGCUGUCCAAAGACGCUGAACUCGACUGGUUCAACACCAACGCAUACUAUGAACGCAAAGAUUCCACAAAAGGAAACUCAAACUCCGCAAACUUAAACCCGAACCUCAUCCCCAAUCCCAACCAUAACUCCUCCAAUUCACAGCGUUUCUCUUCCUUUCACUCUAAGGCAUCAAUCAUUGGCUUACCAAAGAUACAGAAAUCAACCUUCGUUGUUGACACAAAGAAACGCCGCAUCUGUAAACAUGGAAACACACGAUUGUUUCCUAAACGGUCCGGUUCGACCGGUAAGUCGGAUCCGACGGGUAUGAUUGAACCGUCUUCACCCAAAGUAUCUUGUAUGGGAAGAGUAAGAUCGAAGAAAGAUCGCCGUAGAUUGCGGAAAAAACAGCUACAGCAACAAGAACAGCUAUCUUUUCAAUCAAGCGGAAAGAAGGAAAGUAGUAGAAAGGACAAGAAGAAAGAAGCAGGUUUCUUUGCUAGUCUUAAAGCUAUUUUCAGGUGUAAGAGUAACAUCAAAGAUAUAUCACAUAGGACCACCGGCAAUGACACGUCGUAUGGUGGAUCGGUUAGCGAGAGUUACACGUUUAAGAAAUCGAGUGAUAUCAGGGAUCGGUUGCCGGCGAGUGAUAGAGACGCGCCGCAUAGGAGGAGCUUUGGAAUGGAACCGUUGGCGGCGGAGCCGGUUGUUGGUUUGGGAGGGAUGACGAGGUUCGCGUCAGGGAGGAGAUCGGAGUCGUGGAGCGUUGAAAUUGGCGUGGCAUGAUCCGAUUGGUCAAGUAAACAAUUUGGUCCAGGGUGAAGUAAAAGGGGGGAGGAGCGCUUCUGGUUGCGGUCGUGAUUGGUGGGCAUCUUUUUUGUGCUGUGGGUUUGAAUUACGGUUAGGAUGACGUGGCAUGGUGGAUUAACCAUUUCAAGCGCGGUAACUACAGUAAUUACCUUUCCACGUUUUUUUUAUUUUGUCUUUUUUGUUUUCAUGGUUUGUGAAUUUUUCUUUUUUGUCUUUUUUCAAAAGUUAUACAAAGAGGGCUUGUAGAUAUAUAAUGAGUGUAAAUUCUGUUAAAUAAUGUAGUUAAUGAAGGCUCCUAUAUCAUUGGAUA